GAAAAUUUUUGCAUCAAAUUGGGUCCCUAGAAAAAAAUUUUUAAUUCAAUUAAGGCCAAAGUGUGCCAGCUCUCAAUUUUAUCCCAGUCAGCAUUUCCACGUGGCUUUUAUUAUUAUUUUUUAAUUUAAAAAAAUAAUUAAAAAUUAUUUUUAAUUCCAUCUCAGUUAAGUAAUCAGAAAAAAAAAUUAAAAAACUUAAUAAAUAACCUAAUCUAAUAAUCUAACUAAUAAACUAAUCUAACCUAAUCUAAUCCCAAAUCUAAUAAUCUAACCUAAUCUAAUCUAAUAAUCUAACCUAAAACAAAGCAUCAAAUUGAACCCAAUCCCAAAUUCCCAAUUGAACCCUAACUGAGGAGAACGAAGAACACGAUUGAGAGACAGCUCCACGAACGAGAGAGUUGCAGGAGGGAGGAAGGAGCUGAGCGAAGGGUGAAGAACGACAAGAAGAGAAGCGAACGAAGCUUGUUGGGUCGACUGAGAUGAAUUCUCAGAACCACGAAGCAUCGAAGAACCCAAGGCUCAGUGGUCGUUCAUCCACAUCUUGUCCUUCACCCUCACUUUCAUGCAAGACCUGUGGCUGUGGGAAAGAGGUAAUUCUCUACCGAUCCAAUUCCAAGAAUAACCCAGGAAAGCUAUUUUGGAGGUGCCCUGAUUGGAAGGAGAAAGGGACUUGUGGUUUUUUCGAAUGGGAUAAAGGUGUUGCUGCUGAAGAUGGUAUGCAGGGUUCUUCAAAUCUGAAUGAAGACAUAAAUGACAUUAUGGAAAAAAGGAUUGCUAGUUUGAGGGAAGAUGUUAAGGAAAAAAGGAUUGCUAGUUCUUCAAAUCUGAAUGAAGACAUAAAUGACAUAAAUGACAUUAUGGAUUCACUUCCACUUCAGGCACAGUAA